GAGGGCGCUGAGGGCGGAAGCUGGAGCAUCUCAGAGCUUUUCUGGCUUACAGGAAAUCCCAGCAGCAUUGUCAGAGCAUCCAGGAAUACCCAGAGCACAGAAAUUACAUGGAUCACAUCUAGGGAACUGUAUUACUAGAAAAGGGAAUUCCCUGGUUUUGGAAUUUCCUUCUUUCUGCAAUCACUAGCAGUUAGACUGUUGCAAAAGACUUCUCUCCAAGGUAGUUACUCGGGAACAGCACUGACAACUUGAAUCCAAGGACUUCAGCAACAUUUUAUGAUAGCUCUUUGUUCCUUCCAAGCAGUACGUGAUACUUCCUUCUGUCCCUCCAAAUACGAAUCUGCACUGCCUGGUUGCUGCCUUGUAGUGGGAGGGAUGGGCAGGAGACAGCCCUGACUCAUUGGCCCUUGGCUGCUGAGGGUGGAGAAUGACAGAGAAAUGUUAACUUCCCUGGAGCUGCGUUGGCUCUGCGAUGGACUGGUGUCCUACUGCACCUCCUGGAGACACACACUCAUCACACCAGGGCAUGUUGCUGAACCCCGGGAGAUCUCUCACUGUCAGGACAAUGGGUUGCCUCCUGUAAUUACAGUCUGAGAAUUAGCUUCAGAUGUGGAAGAAUGCAACAAAAUGAAAAAUCUGCGAGUCCUUCAAUGACUAUGUAAAAUUCUCAUGGUUUAUCUGAUUUACUUCUCCUGGAGCCAUGGAUGAGUACAGUCGCUUUGUGGACUGGGACAAAAUGGAUGUGAGUGCCCAGAGCCAGGACACGAAGGAGCUCAGCUGCACCGAGUUCCAGGAGCUCAAGCACCUGGCCCGGCAGGGCUACUGGGCCAAGAACCACUGUCUGAGAGCCAAAGUGUACCACAAACUCAUCAGCAGCAUCCCAUGCCGCACGGUGACCCCAGAUGCCAAUGUGUACCGGGACAUCGUCGUGAAGAUCGUGGGAAAGCGCAGCAGCAGCUCCCUGCCCCUGCCGGAGUUUGUGGACAACAGCCUGGUCCCCACGUACUGCCUGAACGCAGAGGGCAUCGGGGCGGUCAGGAAGAUCAUCCUGUGCAUCGCCAACCAGUUCCCAGACAUCUCGUUCUGCCCGGCGCUGCCGGCGGUGAUCGCGCUGCUGCUGCACUACAGCAAGGACGAGGCCGAGUGCUUUGAGCAGGUCUGUCGCAUCCUGGCCUGCAACGACCCCUCCAAGCGGCUCAUCGACCAGACCUUCCUGGCCUUUGAGUCCUCCUGCAUGACCUUCGGGGACCUGGUGAACAAGUACUGCCAGGCGGCCCACAAGCUGAUGGUGGCCGUGUCCGAGGACGUGCUGGAGGUGUACUCGGACUGGCAGCGGUGGCUCUUCGGGGAGCUGCCCAUGACCUACGUCGCGCGGGUCUUUGACGUGUUCCUGGUGGAAGGGUACAAGGUCCUCUAUCGUGUCGCCCUGGCUCUUCUGAAGUUCUUUCACAAAGUCAGAGCUGGGCAGCCCAUGGAGUCCGACAGCAUCCAGCAGGACAUCCGAGCCUUCGUGAGGGACAUCGCCAAGUCAGUGUCUCCGGAGAGGCUCCUGGAAAAAGCCUUUGCUAUCCGCCUUUUCUCUCGGAAGGAGAUCCAGCUGCUGCAGAUGGCCAAUGAGAAGGCUUUGCAGCAGAAGGGCAUCACGGUCAAACAGAAAAGCCUUGCACCUCCCAAAAGGCAGAAUGUGCACUUGGCAGUUCAUGCUGAGAACUUCAAGUCAGAAAUUGUCAGUGUGAAGGAGAUGAGAGACAUCUGGUCAUGGAUCCCAGAGCGAUUUGCUCUGUGCCAGCCCCUCCUGCUUUUCACCACCUUGGAACAUGGCUGUAGCCUGAGCAGGUUCUAUUCCCACAGCGAGGGACACGAACCAACUCUUCUCCUCAUCAAGACAACAGCAAAAGAGGUCUGUGGGGCCUACCUGUCCACGGACUGGAGCGAGCGCCGGCGAGGAGGGAACAAGCUGAGCUUCUUUGGGACUGGAGAGUGCUUUGUGUUCAGGCUGCAGCCAGAAGUGGAACGCUACGAGUGGGUGAUCAUAAAGCACCCAGAACUGGCCACGGCUGGCCCAGAGACAGAGAACCACUCCUCCCCAGCUCCCAGCACACUCUCCUCCGGCAGCGGCCCCUCGGAGCCCUCGGAUCGCCUCUCUCCCUUCCUGUCAGCACGGCACUUCAACCUGCCUUCCAAAACUGCCUCCAUGUUCAUGGCUGGCAGCAGCGAGUGCAUCAUCGUCGGAGGAGGUGAUGGCCAGGCUCUGUACCUGGAUGCAGAUCUGAACCACGGGAGAACCAGCCACUGCAACACUUUCAAUAACCAGCCACUGUGCUCUGAAAAUUUCCAGAUCUCUGUGCUGGAGGUGUGGGGCUUCAGAGACACCAUGAAUGGUUGACAUGACUGUCAUUAAUCAACUAGUUUUUCAGUUGUCCUAGGAUUCCCACAGCAAAUUCCAAGGCAGGAGCCAAGUUGGAACAUCCUUUUUGCUGGGCUCGGUGCUGUCAGUCAUUCCUAAGUGGUGCACUUGGAUACAGGGCCUAGUUGUUUACUCCUGUUUUAGACAGGUCAAGGUGAAGUAAUGUCAACUCCUUGUCUCUUUACCUCUAGAGCUCUGUAUUCAGGCCCUGUUAUUAGGUAGAAAUGAACAUGUGAUGACUUCAGACCCAUCCUAGGUGGAUACAGGUCCGUAUCACGGGAUAGGUUUGGAGUUUGCAGUUCCUCGGAGGCACAGCACUGGCUGAGCUGUGCUGCAGAGCUCUGAGCCACUGGCACCAGUACCUGGCCUGAGCCAGGAAUAUCAAAUGUCUUCUCACAGAGAACACUGAUGACCUCAGAUUUGAUGUAGAACAGUAGUUCAUAAAACCACUGCCCUACUCUGAGCAGACUUUGUGCAGGUAAAUCAGUACCAUUAAGUUAUGAAGCUCUUGAUUCACUCCAGAACCAUGAUUGCUAAUCCUCUCCUUGUACCAGAACCCUUGGCACGUCCCAGUUGUAUCUGUUUGAGGAGUCUGCCUCUGAGAGAGGCAUCCAGGCUGGACAGUCAUAUCUCCAAGGCUUGAUUUUGUUUACAGUCCUACUCCAUAUCAGUAUGAUGACUUCAGACUGACUUGUGUGUCAGGCAACUGGAUGCCAGAGCAUAUCUGCAGUGCUCAGAAACAGCCCUUUCCUCAUCCUUCCUGGGAGCUGAAAUGGAGCUUUAAAUCUGAGAAUAACUGUGGUGAUAUCUCUGUGUGUUUGGGGAGUUAGACAUGGUGACACAGGAGCUUCAUGCUCUCCCCACAAGUGAAGGAAGGAAGGUGGGAGGAAGAUCCUGGAAAAAGUAGCAGUUUCCUGCCAGCAUGUUCUGGUAGGUUCUGGGUGAUGCAGAGAGGCUUUUGCUCAUUCCUGAGCAUUCCUACAGUCCUCUUUGGGCAUGGCAGGUGGCAUGUAAUAUCUGGAGGCAAUUUCCCAGUGUCUUUACCCAAAACUUGCACUGUCAACUGUGGAGUUUCUCCCACAUGAAGCACAAAUACAUAAACAUCAGUGAGUAGUCCAGAGCAUACAACAGGAUGCUCAAAGCUUCAGUGAAUAACUCACCAGUAAGAUUUAUCACAACAGGUAAAAUGAAGGGAAAGAGAAAUUGCUGAUUCUUUCAACAGUUCAGUCUAAAAAAUUGCUGUAAAGUGGGAGAAAUGUUAUUGCUACUUAAACUUGAACUUCAUUAAAAGGAAAAAUUAAGCAUUAGUAAUGUUAAAAGUUAGGCUGGACAGGGUCACGUUCAUGUUCAGAGGUGAGAUUUUGGUGAUGGUGGCUUGUCCAGCUUGGCAGCAGUGACAAUCCCAAAUGGCUUGGGAGAGGGCUGCCUCUUGCAGAGUAUGUGAACAAACUUGGCAAAAAUAUGAUUUGCUGCUUAAGGUGCCAUUUUGAAUUUUUGUCAAAAUAACUCUCUGAAUUAUUGGCCUGUGUGCAGAACAGUUUAGGGUGUCUUUUGCACCAUUUGUGUUUGCAACUCGAUUCUCUCACCCUGUCUGAGGGUCAGCACUGGGCCUCCCUUCCUCCUCCUUCCCACUCAGUGAGUUCUGUCCAGCUGUCUUUUUCACAGGUUUACCAUAGGCUUGAUUGAACUGGGAGAGAUAAUUCAUUUAUACUGAUGUAUUUAGGUGGAAGAACUCAGUCAUAUCAGGCUUUUUUUGCAAACACUGGCCGAUGCUGCCUUCUGUUAUAUUUUUCAAAGCCACCUGUGUCACUUUGCCCUUGCAGGUAUCCCACAAUCUUCCUCAGACAAAAGAAAUUACUCAGAAUAUGUAUCCCAUUUAGUGGGUUCUCCUCAGUGUAGGUGAGUUUUCACUUUUGUCUGCAUCUUCUCUUUUGAGCUUAUGUGAGGUGCCCUUGGUAAAAAAAAAGAUAAGACCAACUCAAAACCACAAUAGCAUUAAUUUCCAGGUUGUUGUCAGAAAUUCCCUGGAGCUGUAUGUUGGCAGGAUUUGUGGGAGUUGAAUAUUACACUCCAAAUGAAUAGGUUUUAUCUGCAGAAUCUUUGCUGCAGUGUGAUGGGAUUUCCUCACUCCCAUCCCCACUGGAUGCAGCAAUGGCAAUACCUUAUCUUAAGCCAUACCUAAGAAACAUGCCUCAGAAACAUGUUCCUUUCCCUGCCAUGUUCUUAGUGCACAGUGAUUUGGGUGUUUGGAAUCAGAAAUAACUCCUGGUUGCUCAGAAAUCCAUUGUUGUGUGAGAAUCCAAGGAGCAGUCCUGGACACCAGGCACAGGGUUGGUUUGGUUUGAUAAAGGCAUCCUGUGGGACUGGUCUGUGUGGUUUGAACUGGAAUAGCCUGGAUAAGCAAGAGGCUGCAAUAAUCCUGGGAGAGGAAUUGUACAGUCCUGUGGCAUCUUCACACAGUCCUUGUGUUCAGUAAAAGUGGACGUUCCUUGUCACAUGCAAAUCCUCAUUUGUCAUUCCUGUAGUGGUUGUGAGACACCUUAGAGGAACAAGACUUGGGCUUCUUUCCAGUACCAAAGAGGUGUUUUUCCUCUCCGUAGUUAAUGGCUGUUGCUGACCAAGUGUUUAUCAAAGUUUGUUACAGUUUGUUGCAUGCAAAGCCCUUGAAGUGGAGGCCACAGGCUGGUUUUGAAGACAAUGACUGCAAUGGGCACCUUAUCAGAAGGUUCAAGUUAUCUCAAGUGCUCCAGCUGUGAAGUGCUUUAGUCAGUUGUUACUUGCAGCUCUGAACAAGUGUUGGUGUAGUUUGUAGUCCCUCUUUGUGGUCCCCCUGGCAGCAAUGACAGCAGUGCCAGAGUCAGGGAAUGAGCCCUUUGUGGAGCUGGGCUGGGCCUCAGCCACCACAGUCCUGCAAGAGCAUGUCUGCCUUCCUGAGAACCUGCUUUUGCUGUGGCAUAUUCUCUUAAAAGCAGAAAAGAUUCAAAACUCCUGACAUCAGAAAGUUGACUUCAUUGUGAAUGACAUUCAGGCUGUUUGCAGGCCAUGGGAACUGUUUCCAGCUGCAGCCAGGCUGGACAGACUUCACUGCUCCUGAGCCACCAUUCCUACAGCUCCUGCACUUUGGCAUGCGCCCUUUUCUGAUUGAAGCACAUUGAUCACCCUCCUGUUAACAGAGGCAAAUUAACAAAAGGAUGGGAAAAACUCACAUUUCCUCUCUGGUGACAUAUCUGAAGUCAAAAUGGAGUGGGGCCAGUACUGUUCUUUGAAGAGUUAAACCAUGCCAAUAGAGAUCUGUGGUUACCCACGGAGGGGCACGUGCAGAUCCUUCAACUGCUAUUUGUGUGUGUGCAUUGAAUUUGUGUACUUUCUCCUUGGAAAUCCAUCCUCAUUUUUGAUGGGGAGUGACGUCCUCUGCCCGCUGAGCACAGGGACACUGAUGCUGUGGCCAGCAGGGACCAAGAGCUGAGCUGCAGCUCCAGCAAGUGACAUCCAAGGCGUGCGCACCCGGCUCUUGGGACGCCUUUGUGCCAGCUCUCUGUCCUGAAUUUCAGACUAUUCACAGUCAUGUUGAGUGUGUGCACUAUUUGGGGUGAUGUUCUCUCAGAUGAGUGGUGGUGUGCUGUUGAUUUGGUUUUCUACCCUCCCUUGGAAUCGCUGCCCUACGUCGAUGGUAUUUUUGUCACUGUGCGGAAUCUUGGAUUAUAUUAAAGGUGUUUGACUGUG